UCACAGCUCGGGACAAUAGGAGGAGGAAGACGCUGAACUAGAUGCUGUGGAGCCGCUUCGGCCUCGGCUCACACGGCGACUGUCACACCGAGACAAGAGGAGGCUAAAUCUGAGUUCUGCUGGAAGGCGCAGCAGAGCAGGAGCUCGUCUGCGGCUGAAGCCGAAGCCAAACCUCCGUUCAUUCAUCUUCCUCUGACUGGGAGCAGCAUGGCCAGCGGGAAGUCGGCGGUCCUGAGGAGGAUCGUCAACAAGGACGGCCACAACAACGUGCGCAUCGACAACGUGGAGGGCAUGGUGAAGCUGUACCUGCACGACAUCUGGACCACGGCGGUGGACAUGAAGUGGCGCUACAAGCUCACCCUGUUCGUCUCCACCUUCAUCAUGACCUGGUUCAUCUUCGGGGUCAUCUUCUACUUCAUCGGCAUGGGGAACAGCGACUUCGAGCCAGGCCUGAGCUCCAACCACACGCCCUGCGUUCUGAACGUGGAGACGCUGACGGGGGCCUUCGUCUUCUCACUUGAAUCUCAGACCGCCAUCGGCUACGGCUUCCGCUGCAUCUCUGCAUGUUCCAGUCCAACGUGACGGAGGAGGAGAGCUCGGUGGACUUCCACAUGGACUCCAGCGGCGAGAGCCCGUUCCUCAUCCUGCCUCUCACCUUCUACCACGUCCUGGACGAGCGCAGACCCCUGUCCGGCCUGACGGCGGAGAACCUGCUCACCCGCGACUUCGAGCUGCUCGUCACCCUCAACGCCACCAUGGAGCCCACGGCGGCCACGUGUCAGAGCUGCACCUCCUACGUCCCGCAGGAGAUCCUGUGAGGCUACGAGUUCAAGCUGGUGCUGUUCAGCACGCCCAGCGGCCGCUACGUGGCCGACUUCAAGUUCUUCGACAAAGUGCAGGCGAGCAACGACCCGGCGUUCAUCAGCAACAACACGGAGAAGCUGAAACUGGAGGACUACAAGAAGGAGUAAACUGUUAUUCAGGAAGGCAAUGAAAUGUUUUUUAGGUAGCAAAGAGACUGAAUAGAAAAUGUAAAAUACAGGAGAAAUUUGUAGCAGCUUGACCAGUGAAAUGUGAUUUGUAGUUGAAAGGGAUAUAUAAGAUAAAGUGAUCUAAAACUACAAAACAGCGUCAGUGGAGUUCACAGAAUAGCAUCCCGUUGGACGUUUCUCUGCAGAAGAAGACAUAGAUGUGAAAGGGAAUGUAUUUACUGUGUUCAGCAACUAUAAUCAUUGCAAAAACCACAAAAAUGUACACACCUUUACCACAAAAUGUCACGCCCUGUGCCCCUGCACCCAUGUGGGGGCGCUCGGGUCCUGUUUUGUGUUGGUCUGCCCUCAUGUUCUCCUGCCUGGUCACCUGCCUGCUCCUGUCUGGUCUGUCUCGUUAUCUCCCUAAUGUGCUCCACCUGUCCUGCCCCCCUAUUUAAGUCCUGCUCUCCUGGUGCGUCUUGUCGGCUCCUUGUGCGUCUGUCUUCCUGCGUCCGUGUCCCUGCCUGCACCUCAGCUCUGUUUGCCUUUUCCUGAGUUCCUGACCUCCUGAGUUUUCGGAAUAAAAGACCCUUUCUAACCGUGCCUGCUGCCUGCGCCUGGGUCCUUCCACCCUGCACCCAUGACACAAAAAUGUGUGAGAAUUAGAAAAGUUUAAGCUAAUCCACCAGAGUUCACGUCUUAAAUUUAAAUCUCUGCAUUUGUGUUUUUUUCUACCUUGAAAUAAAAACCCAGUUACAGUCUGAUCCAGUCAUUUCAGUUGAUACCUGUUUCAGAAUGUUGAUCAUCCUAUCAUUAAACGUGAAAUCAAUAAUUCAUGCGUAUCUGUG